UAGAACCCAAGAAGCCACGACUUGGCAUAGGUUUUUUAGCAUCUUUAGAAACAAGUUUUUAUUUCAUACAUUAGUUUAGUUGUAAUGGGAGAGACCGCUUUAUUUUUACCAAAAGUGUACUGUGUUUCUGGGCUUCUUCCAUCAGACAUGCGCUCAGAGACAAACUUAAUGUUAUGAAACUUGAUUAGGAUUGGUUCACAAAUGCAUUUAAUGACAAAUCAGAUGAAAUGUCUUUAGACUCUGACUCCAGUUCUUCCACCUUGAAUCUAUGGGAUCACUUCUGGAGAAAAUAUCUUUGGAAUCUCUGACGUCCAUAUGGCUAUGUAUGAUGAGGAUCUCUUGAAAAAUCCUUUUUAUUUGGCUAUUCAGAAACGUCGUCCUGACCUUUAUAGGAAAGUUGCAGAAUUUCAUGGUAUUAUAUUGGUACCGUGCAAAGGGAGCUUUUCAAGCAGCAGUCUCUCUACUUGCCAAUAUGAUUCCUAUAUUUUAAAACCAGUGGAGGAAAAAUUUCAAACCUUAAAUGGAAAGGAAAUCUUCAUCCAGGGAAACUUGAUUAUUUUAGGAACUGGUUUUAAUAAUCAUCUCUCAGUACCUGUUCUCUUUGAGGAAACAUUCUACAAUGAAAAAGAAGAAAGUUUUAGCAUAUUGUGUAUAGCUCAUCCUCUGGAAGAAUCUGAAAUCUUAGCAGAAUCUACAACCCCGUCACAUUCUUAUUCCUUGAAAAACAUUGAGGAUGUGAGAGAAUUUUUGGGAAGGCAUUCUGAGAGAUUUGACAAAUACAUUGCCUCUUUCCAUAGGACUUUUAAAGAUCACGAAAGAAAAAGCUUACGACACUACAUAGAUUCAGUUAAUGCACUUUACACCAAAUGCCUCCAGCAGUUACUGAGGGAUUCUCACUUGAGGAUGCUUUCAAAGCAGGAACCUCAGAUGAAUCUGAUGAAACAAGCAGUUGAAAUGUAUAUACAUCAUGAUAUUUAUGAUCUGAUCUUUAAAUAUGUGGGAACUAUUGAGGCAAGCGAGGAUGCAGCCUUUAAUAAAAUUACAAGAAGUCUCCAAGAUCUCCAGCAAAAAGAUAUUGGUGUUAAGUCUGAAUUCAGCUUUAAUAUUCCACGUGCAAAGCGAGAAUUGGGUCAGCUGAAUAAAUGCACCUCCCCACAACAGAAGCUGAUGUGUCUUCGAAAAGUGGUGCAAACUAUUAUGCAGUCUCCUAGCCAAAGAGUUAACAUGGAGACUAUGUGUGCAGAUGAUCUUCUCUCUGUUUUGCUGUAUCUGCUUGUAAAAACAGAGAUUCCAAACUGGAUGGCAAAUUUGAGUUACAUCAAAAACUUCAGGUUUUGCAGUUCAGCAAAGGAUGAAUUGGGAUACUGCCUGACCUCUGUUGAGGCUGCUAUAGAAUAUAUCCGACAAGGAAACCUCUCUGACAGACCAACAGAAUCUGAGAGAUUUAGUGACAAGUUAUUCCUGAGACAAAGAAUGAAUUUGCUGUCCCAGAUGUCCAUGACCCCAAUAGAUUGCUUGUUCAAGUACAUUGCCUCAGGUAAACAGGAGGAAGUGGAGCGAUUACUAAGUCAAGGUGACAGUGAUAAAGACACUGUACAGAAAAUGUGCCACCCACUCUGUUUCUGUGACAAUUGUGAGAAGCUAGUUUCUGGGAAGAUGAAUGAUCCUUCCAUUGUAACUCCGUUUUCCAGAGAUGACAGGGGAUAUACCCCACUUCAUAUAGCUGCUAUUUGCGGGCAAGCGUCAUUAAUUGACCUGUUAAUUUCCAAAGGAGCUGUAGUCAGUGCUACAGAUUACCAUGGUUCAACACCUCUUCACCUUGCCUGUCAGAAAGGAUAUCAGAACGUUACACUUCUCUUGUUGCAUUAUAAGGCAAGUACCGAUGUUCAAGACAAUAAUGGCAAUACACCACUUCAUUUAGCCUGCACUUAUGGUCAUGAGGAUUGUGUCAAAGCUUUAGUCUACUAUGAUGUACACUCUUGUAGACUAGAUACUGGUAAUGAAAAAGGAGAUACUCCCCUCCAUAUAGCUGCUCGCUGGGGUUAUCAAGGAAUAAUAGAAGUGCUGCUGCAGAAUGGCGCAAACCCAGAUAUUCAAAACCGGAUGAAAGAGACUUCCCUGCAGUGUGCAUUAAAUUCCAAGAUUUUAUCAUUGAUGGAAUUAAACUACCUAACAUUUGAAAGGGGACAGAGUGCUUCUGAGUCUCCAGGUAGGUCUCCUCAGCGUUCGGCAGACACCUUCAGCAGAGGGUCAUCUGUCUCCAGCUUGUCAUCAGUGUCAGCAGAUAAUAGACAAGAGGAAGUUAAAAAUAAUUACAAAGAGAUAGAAAAACUCUUAAGAGCAGUUGCUGAUGGAGAUCUGGAAAUGGUUCGCUAUCUUUUGGAAUGGAUAGAGGAAGACAUAGAAGAAACUGAGGAAGCGGCCAAUACAGUGAAUCCAGAAUUCUGUCACCCAUUAUGCCAGUGCUCAAAAUGUGAGCCAAUGCAAAAGAAGCUUGCAAGAAUCCCUGCUAGUGGACUUGGAGUAAAUGUUUCAAACCAGGAUGGCUAUACACCACUACAUAUGGCUGCAAUGCAUGGACAUCCUGAGUUAGUCUUCCUUUUGUUGAAACAUGGUGCCAAUAUCAGUGCAAAGAAUACUAAUCAUGCAGUACCUCUUCACCUGGCAUGUCAGAAAGGUCACUUUCAGGUAGUGAAGCGUCUAAUGGAUUGCAGUGCUAAACCAAAUAAAAAAGAUGUACAUGGAAAUACUCCCUUAAUGUAUGCUUGUUUGAAUGGCCAACAUGAGAUUGCUGCUUUGUUGUUAGAGCAUGGGGCCUCUGUUAACCUUUCUAACAGCAAGGGAAAUACAGCACUGCAUGAGGCUGUGAUAGGAAAACAUGAAAUCUUGGUAGAGCUGUUACUUCAGAAUGGUGCUUCAAACCGCAUUAGGAACAAAAGGCAGUGUACACCUCUUGACUGUGCUGAGUUGAAUUCAAAUACCAUGAAGUUGCUACAAACAGCACCAAGCUGUGCACCAUCAUCAGCAGAGGGAGAAGAAAUAGACAAUGAGCAGCAUGUUACUGUCAAGAUCAGGAAAAAAGUAAAGGUUAAGCUAUCUGAGACAGCAGAUGAUCCCAUCAGCAGACGACUUCAACUGGUUGAAUCCAUCAACAGAUUUAACAAAUCAAAAUAUUUACGGAGAACAAUAACAAGAGAUAAAAGUGUCCCUAAUUUUGAUGAUGAAUUAUUGCAUCAGCCAGAGUACCAGGAGAACCACCCAGUUUGCCAAGCAGAACAUAAUCAAGAUGGGGAAGAGCAGUUAGCUAUUAAGAGAUUUGAUAAGACCAAGUUAAAACCUAUUGACCAGAGGCUGGACCAGAGCAAAGCUAAGAUUGAUGCAGAAAGCAGUGGUGAAUCUGUGAAACAUGAUGAUGUGAUAGAUGCUCUUCUUAGAAGAAAACUAAUGCACCGAAGACAUACAGUUAGUGUGGCACUUUCAACAGCGGCUGUCAGUGAAGGGAGUGAUUUGUCUAACACAGGAAUUCCAAGUAUUGCACUGGCAAAAGACUGCUCUGAUGACUUGCUAUCAAAACACUAAUAAAAAAGUGUGAAUUUGCUGCCACAAACUAAAGAACCAAGUUAUACCAGUUUCAAGAUCCUCCUGUUGGACAGUAAAGAAUUAAAUGAAGCAUAGAAACUGUGUUUUCAAAAAUGGAUCACAAGACUGAAUCUUUAGCAGACACAGACUGUUCCCGUAUCAAUUGCACUUUUGAAGACUGAAUCCUUUCAGUUUUUCCUGGAGACCCCUACCCAGCCAGUUUGUCACUGAUUUCAGGAAAGAGACAUAAUGUCAAAGUAUUUAGACAGAAAAAAGUGACUGUUUCCCAUUCUACAAUCAAAGCACUUAAGAAAUUACUUAUAUCAGUAGAGGAGAAAAAGGCUAUAUGGUACUUUCCAACCGUCCACACCUGUUUUUUAAAAGGCAUUGAAUUUUUUUUUGUUACUAAAUUGGUUAAAUUAUAUUUAUUGCCAGAAGGAAUUCAAAAGUCUUUAUUUUAUUAUAUUGCUAAGUACUGCCAUAAUGUUUAAUAGCAUUUUAGAAAUUAAUGUAAUGCCUGUAUGUUGCAAGUAGCUAAACAAAUAAUUCAUAGAAUCUACAACAAGAUGUAAAGACAUUAAAAUGAGAUGAACACGAAGGGAAGUGUCCUGCAGUCCCUAUGCAGACAAAGCUUCCACUGAUUUCAGUGGGGCACUUGCAUGAAUGGGGUCUGUGGGAUUAUGCACUACUGAGGAUAGAAUAAUGUAAAAUGCUCUCGACACUUAAAAAUGUUCAGAUUCCAAUUAAGAUGAGCAUGCUUGUUUCUGCACAGAAAUGCAUAACACAGAGCGCUGGCUUUUUCCUUUUAGCAAAUCAGAUAAAAUCUCACACAUUCACAUCUCUACAGAUGGGCAGAAAUCUACAGCUACUAGGUAAGUGAUCUGGCAGGAAAAGUAAGAGUUUGCAGAAAGUGGCUGCAUGUUAUCCUGUUUUUAAGGGUGAUCGUUUUAAAGGAUACUCAUCAAUAACACAUGGAAGCUUAGAUUUGGAACUUGUUUCUUGACAUGUUUUCAGUUCAAAAUUGGUUUUAAAGUGUGAAUUAAAAAGAGAAACACUUCAGUAGCACAAAUCAGGAUUCUUAAUGUCAUAGUUUUGGUUUACACUUGGUCACAUCCAAUUAAUAUUUUGUUUCUUUUAUAAAAUGGUAACAGACAAUUUUGAUUAUUUUUUAUAGUGGCAUUGAUAACAUGCUUAUGGCACUGUGAAAUUGGAGGACUUUCCAUGUGACUGUUUUCAAAUAGAUUUUAAUGAGCGAAAAGGUGCAACGUGUGUGCACAUCUCUGAAAAAACUCUGAUGAAGGUUGCAUGUGUAUUUUUCUAAAUAAUUUGGGUUCAUUUAAUUUUCUAACGUGCCUUGGAUUUGUGCCAAAUGAUGGAAAAGAAAAAUAGUAAAAGUAAUAAUUCUUGAAAAUCUUAACUUUGACUACUUAUUUAAAAACCUGACUCCUUUUGGCACUUUCUUCUCACGUUUGUUCUUCCGAUAUUCAAAGAAAUGGCCUAAAUGUAAGUAAAUUUAGUGACAUCUUAAACCCACCCAAUGCAAGAUCUUCCUUUAGUAAUAAUGAGACGGUUAAUGUUGAGAAAGAUGGGGAGCAUGGGUGGUGGGUACAAUAGGCCAACGAAGGCUGAGUUGCCUUGGAUUUGCUGCUGAAAACCUCUUUCCCAAGACCCCCUUUCCACCUGCUACCUAGAGAUGUAAAAUCCUGUUUGAUUAACCGGUUAAAUGUGAUGUUUAAUUGGUUAACCCACUAAAGAGGGCAGAGGCAGUCCCUCACUCCCACUGCAAGCAAUGGCUGCUCCAGAUGGCUGGAACAGCCCCUGUCCACUGCAGGCCCUGAGUAGCCCUUUACACACAGCAGCUGGGGAGCUGCUCCAGCCCCCUCCAGUUAACCAGAAAUGGUUAGCAUCACCCAGUUAAGAGUGAUGCUUACUGGUUAGCUUUUCACAUCCCUACUGCUGCUGCCUGCCUGCCGUGUAGUAAGAUCUCUACUCAACCACCCGACGUCUCUGCUGCUUGUUGUGUCCCUCUCCUCUUCGAGGGGAAGAAAAUGAAGAAGUAAAUAGGAGAGUAAAGUGGCUUGGCCAGGCACUGAGGCUGGCCUACCAUUGGGAACACUUGGGGUGGAGGCAUGGCUGGGUGGAGUGUUUGGGGCUCAAGUAUACAAGGACAGUGGGACUAGCCUUCCUAAAGCACCAUCCAUGAUGAGGAGAAAAAUUAACCGCAUUUUAUACACUGCCGGUACAGCCUAGUGGCAUAGCCUGAGUGGAUCCAAACUUUGGAUGGGUUGGUGGGUAACGACUGGAGGGAGAGCAGCAAUGGAGCCAUCUUACCCACUCCCACAGCUAGCUUUGGAAGAAUGAGAGGAAUAGGUGCUCUGGCCAGGGACCCUAGGAAGAUAAGCCACCAUAAAAAUUUCUCUCUCCAUCCACUUUGCUUCUCUUUCUGCCUCCUAGUAGGAGUGGGUCUUGGAGCAAGUGCCAGAUUGGGGGACUUAGGCUUGCAAGUCUCCAACUCUGCUCCAUGUCAGGAGCACCAGGCAGCUAGAGCAGAGCAAGCCCCGGUGCUCUGACCCCGCUUCCCCUGGGAGCACUGGGUGGGUGGCAAAGCAGAGCCACUACCUUGGCCUAGCAGGAGCACCAGGUGGAGAGGGGCAAGCUCCCACAGUCUGAUGGGAGCGGAAGCAGGGUUGGGGCAGGUGGGCCUGUAUGCUAAGUGGGUGGGCCCACUUGUGACUAUGCCCCAUUACAGCCUACAACUACAGACUAAACCCCUGAUAAUCACAGAUUUAAACUGUAUAGGCUUCUCAUGUCUGACUUAUUUACAAUGAAAAAACAAGACUGUUACUGUAAAACCAGUUUGCUCUCUGAAAGGAGUUAAAGCUUAUUUGUUUUUAAUAAGUGCUAUUAAUUUCUCACCAAACUAAAAUUAAAUAUUUGCUUUUUAAUAUGAAGAGUUAUACUGAGCUAUCACUUGCAGGCAAUAGUGCUUAGCUUCUACAAUUGAGUACCAUUUUAAAUAAGGAAGUUUGUAAUUUAGACUGCAAGCUCAAAAACACAAGUGACAUACACUAGUUGUACUGAUCAAAGUUUACUGAUUGACAGAUGGAAAAAACCCUCAAUACUGCUCAUAGUUUUUAAACAAAAUUUUAAUCAGUUCCAAAUCAUUACAGUUAGAAUACUGUAUUCUGCUGCUUUUCAAUGACACAGCAGAAUACAACUCUUCUCUUGUAGUGAAAUGUCACUCCCUUUUCAGUUUCACUUCUAUCAUCACACAAGAUGUUACAGUAUUUAUACCACACAUUUUCACACUGCAUUUUCAAAGAAGACAACACAGGAUCAGAUUUACUUUAUGCAUGCAAGAGUUUCAUGUAAUUUAGAACAGUUGUCUUUCCUUAUUUGACAAUAAUAAACUCAAACCAUUUAAUAAAUGGUAGAAUAAAGAUCAUGUGUUAACUAUCUGAACAGGGCUGUAUUACAUUACUCAAUUAAAUUUCAACCACUACUGAGUAUCCACGUUUCUCAACUUUUUAACCUCAUUCUGAAAGAACUUGAGUUUUCAGAAGGAACUGGUUCAAACUAUAAUUUUUCAUCUAGCAGACUAUUUUGUGAGAUGUCUUUUCAAAGAAUCAUGUCUCUUCUCAAUAAUUGGUUCGUCAGCUGUUGCAUUCU